AACUUGGGACAGAGCAAGCCGGUGAGAUAGAGAGCGUCCCCGAGCCAUGGUCCCUACCGGCCGCGGCUCAGCCUGGGUCCCUCUGUUCUCACCCCGAGUGCCCGAUGCAGGCUUUGGUUUCAUGUCAGCAGCCUUCAUCUGCCUUCCAAAAAUAAGCCCCUGCCGCCAUGCCGAGGGGAGAAAAACAAGAAGGGCGGUAUUUUUAGGGCCAUUAAUUCUGACCACGUGCCUGAGAGGCAAGGUGGAUGGCCCUGGCACAGAGGCUGUUCAUCACUAUGUCCCAGGGAGCAGGACGUCUUCAGGCCACGCUGCAGGCUCUCGUCUUCCUAGGCGUCCUAGUGGGCAUGGUAGUGCCCUCGCCUGCAGGCACCCGGGCCAACAACACGCUGCUGGACGCCAGGGGCUGGGGCACUCUGCUGUCCAGGUCUCGCGCUGGGCUAGCUGGAGAGAUCGCCGGGGUGAACUGGGAAAGUGGCUAUUUGGUGGGGAUCAAGCGGCAGCGGAGGCUGUACUGCAACGUGGGCAUCGGCUUUCACCUCCAAGUGCCCCCCAAUGGGCGGAUCAGCGGCACCCAUGAGGAGAACCCCUACAGCUUGCUGGAGAUUUCCACGGUGGAGCGAGGUGUGGUGAGUCUCUUUGGAGUGAGAAGUGCCCUCUUUGUUGCCAUGAACAGUAAAGGACGAUUGUACACCACGCCCAGCUUCCAAGAGGAAUGCAAGUUCAGAGAAACUCUCCUGCCCAACAAUUACAAUGCCUAUGAGUCAGACUUGUACCGAGGGGCAUACAUUGCCCUCAGCAAAUAUGGACGGGUAAAGCGGGGCAGCAAAGUGUCCCCAAUCAUGACUGUCACUCACUUCCUGCCCAGGAUAUAAGGACCCAUAAAAGAAGGCUCACAGGUUGAAAGCAGUACCUUUUCUAUUGGAAUUUUGCACAAGUGAACAAUUGUCCUUUGGCUCCCAUGACUUGUGAGUCAAGCUUGUCUUGUGCUUGGGGAGGCUGGGACCCAUGGUAUGUAACCCACCCAAGUGAAGACUACGACAAGAAUCUUAGAAUGGCAAUGGAUCCCAUGCCUGACCUCACCUGUGGAAAGAAGGUAUCGAUGACACUUGUGGAAUGUGACCUUGUGCACAGGAAGGGGCCCGGGUAGGGCUAUGUGGGUGUCGAUGUCUGUCCAUACAUGGUUAUAUACCGUAUUCUCAGAGCAAAGGCAUGUCAGGGCAUCAGGUUUCUUUCUCUAGCAUCAUUGCCGCAGGAAUCUGCCUGCGAGAAUGUCACUGUUCAAACCAGCAGAAUUGAUACGUGCUCCCAUCCUGCCUCUUUCCAAUCAUCAAUCCAUUCAGAGGCCGCUGACCAUGUGGCCUGCACGGGUGGUGGAGAGCAGCUGUCCUCACCGUGCAGAGGGCCAGAAUGCAGGGGUGGAAGGUUGGAUUGCGAACCAGAAGAGAGUGAUCAGGCGCUCCAAGUUUCCUGCCUACGAGGGUUCUCCGGACACUGGGAUGCAUUGCUGGGGGAGAGCAGCUCCCCUUCUUGGAGGAAAUGGGUCGUGUCGAGGGCAG